GAACAGGAAGAUUGCCCAAGAUGGUGCAGCCUCUGACCAAGAUCAAGAAGGUCAAGAAGUAUGGGAACAAGAAGUUCAACAGGCAUCAGCAUGACCGCAAGAUGGCAGUGAAGCCAUCAUGGAGGAGGCCAAAGGGUAUUGACUCACGGGUGAGGAGGAAAUUCAAGGGAUGCGGCAUUGUCAUGUCCAACAUUGGGUUCGGCAGCAACAAGAAGACCCGCCACGUCCUCCCCAGCGGCUUCUACAAGUUUGUCGUGCACAACACAACGGAGCUGGAGCUCCUCAUGAUGCACAACAGGAGAUAUGCCGCAGAGAUCGCACAUAACGUGUCAGCGCAGAAGCGCAAGGUCAUUGUGGAGCGCGCUCGUGAGCUGAACAUCAAUGUCACCAACGGUGACGCAAAGCUGCGCAGCCAGGAGGACGAGUAGAUGUGCCAGCAUAUGGAGGCAAUUUCCUAGAUUGUACUGGAAGGCAUGAUGUCUAAUCACCAAGCAGCGUACACUGGGUCUGUUGGGACGCUUCAGAUCUCUUCUUUCCACAGUAAUGCACAAUCUGUAAGCUGUCAGGAUGGCUGACAAUUGCAAUAAGAUUCCUAUGGGAUACAAAUGCUGCUGUACUUUCUCUGGCUUCAAAGAGUCUUGCACAAUUUGUAUGCGCAAGCCUUUUGUGAAGAUUCUGCAUACGUGCAUGCCCCUGAAUAGCGUUUGUAUCCAUGAGUUUUAAUUUUACACUUGCAUAUUU